GCCAGCGGCAGGGCAACCUAUCCAAAGCCCAAUGCCCGGCGUCAAGAUCCACCGUCCAAUCCAACGCCCAUCAACCUUUCGAGCCAUUUCAACCAUCCCGCUUGGGCUGUGCUUGUUCGCGAUCACCGGCCUGGCUCUGAACCGUCUUCCCUCUCGAUACCCUAAGUUCCCUGGCCAGAUUGGCCCCCCGUCGCCCUUGACGCCUGGGCCCCCUCGUCGUGCGGCUCGGGUCCUUUCCACCCCUCUCCGCCCUCAUUCUCCGUUUGUCGGCCUGGCGUCUGACCUUUCCCACCUUCGCUCUUCACCCGCCACUCGUUUACCUCGACCCUGUGCACUCGGUUUGGAAAGUCCUCGACCCUCCCGGUUCACCCCCCGCCGAAAUUAAGCAGAGCCGGCUCCGUCGACAGAGUUUGCAAGUGAGCUUCGCUCGCGGCCAUUGACGAUUAUAUAAGCCGUCCUUUGACCAGUUCGCGAAGCCCUGUAGCAUGGUGGCUGGGCUAGAAGAAAGCUAGGAGAAUUUUCCCCGUUCGUCUAGACCUACAAAAGCAACAUAUGACCCCAUGGCUCCUCCGCAUCCUCCCCGAACUAUUCCUAGCUCCACAAUGUCAGAUCAUAUGUCGACUGCACCUCCACGCCCCACCAAUGGUGACACUACGACCCUGAAUGAAAACAACCUCCCAUCGCUCGCAGAGACGAAACCUAUGUCGGUAAACCGCAAGAAACAGAAGCGUCGCCAGAAGCAGGCGGCUCGGCUGGCCGCGGAGCGCCAGUUAUCAAACGGGGUUGUACUCCCGGAUGCCGCAGAUCAAAACGGUCUCGGUCCCGCGGGACCAGGAAGUCACCUUUCCGAUGAACUGGAUGUCGAGCACCCUACGAAUGGGGACGUGUAUCACGAUGAUGAAAUCGACGAUUUCAGCGCGCACCGGGAUCUGCCGCCGGUUAUGAACGGGCCCGAGGAUCAAACGUCGACAAAUCGAAAAUCGAAGAAGAAGAAAGGCAAGAAAAAUCGUACCGGCUCGCAAAAUCUGGGUGAUGAUAGUUCCACCCCGCUAUCGACCCCCUCCAUCUCCAUGACACAUCCUCUACCGCCACCGCUCCCACCGCAUCUUGGUCCUCGUACGCUUCUCAAGCCGUCCAAGGAUCGCAGCAUAUGGAACACCUCGACGCAAGAAGAACGCGAGAAUAUCAAAACAUUCUGGCUCGAGCUAGGCGAAGAGGAGCGACGGCAGCUGGUUAAAGUGGAAAAGGAUGCGGUGUUAAAGAAGAUGAAGGAGCAACAGAAGCACUCGUGCAGUUGCACCGUCUGCGGAAGGAAAAGAACGGCGAUUGAAGAAGAGCUCGAGGUGCUAUACGAUGCCUAUUAUGAAGAAUUAGAACAGUACGCCAAUAACAAUCAAGGGUCCUUCGAGAAAGGCGCGCCGAUUGUACCUCCGCCCCGAUUGUAUCAACCUCCACUACGACCACCCGGACAACAUACUCGGACCCAUGGUCAAUAUCAUCCCUCACGAGGUCGCAUUCAUGAAUUGCCCGAAGAUGAUGAAGAUUUGGAGGAAGACUACGACGAGGAUGAUGAGGACGAUGAACCGUACAGUGACGAUGAAUUUGAAGACGAGGAAACGCGUGCAGCUCGCGCGGAUUUCUUUGCCUUUGGAAACAGCUUAACUGUGAAAGACGGGAUUCUCACGGUUGCAGACGAUCUCUUGAAAAAUGACGGAAAGCAUUUCAUCGACAUGAUGGAACAACUGGCCGAACGUCGGAUGCAGCGAGAAGAAGAUACGCAGUACGGAAUAGCCGCAGCACAUCAGUCCCUCCAUAGUGGUCAUAACCAUGGUCCUUACGACGAUGAAGACUAUGACGAUGAAGAGGAUGACGACUAUGAUAGUCAAGAGGAAGAAGACUAUGAGGAGGACGAGAUGGAUGCUAUGACGGAGGAGCAGCGGAUGGAGGAAGGCCGGCGAAUGUUUCAAAUAUUCGCAGCUCGAAUGUUCGAACAGCGUGUUUUAACUGCCUACCGAGAGAAGGUUGCUGAGCAACGUCAACAAAAGCUGAUCGAAGAACUCAUGGAGGAGCAAACCCGCAAUGAACAGCGAAAUGCUAAGAAGGCUCGAGAAGCGGAGAAGAAGAAAGAGAAGAAGCGCCUUCAAAAACAAGCUAAAGAAGAGGAAAAGGCACGAAGGGAGGCAGAGAAGGCCGCAGAGGAAGCUGCCGCCAAAGCUGAGCACGAGAGAAAGCUUGAGGAACAGAGGAAGAAACGAGAGGAGCAACGAAAGAAGCGAGAAGCCGAACGCAAGGCCCAGGAGGAAGAACGCGCACGAAAAGAAGCGGAAAAGCAACGCCGACUGCGUGAAGAACGAGAACGACAAGCGGAGGCUGAACGAAAGCAGCGAGAACAGAAGGAGCAAGAGAAGAAACGACGUGAUGAGGCUCGAAGAAAGGAGCGAGAGGAACGUGAGGCGCGAGAGAAGAAGGCAAAGGAGGACCGCGAGCGCAAGGAACGUGAGGAGCAAGCAAAGAAGGCCGGACAAGAUGUUCUAGACCGUAAACGUUCAUCACAGCAAGGGCCGGUACCUAUUCCAACCAGUAUGUACUAUCAAGGCCCUUCGGGUCACCUUCAGUCUCCGCACUACCAAGUCGCCACACCUAUCGUCCCUAAGGCAUCUACUCCUGUCAGGCCUCGCCAAUCAUCCCAGCAAGGCUCCCAUUCCUCUUCCCCACGGUCUCAACCGGCCAGUACCGAACAGUCACAAGUGUCCAUCUCUCCACGGUCAAUGGCGCCAUCCCAAUCGUCCGGGGCCUCGAGCGUGGCCUCCAAACAAGGUCAUACUCAACCUAUGCUUCACCACCCCCAGCCCUCAACCCCACUGUCGCCACUUGGAUCGUUAGGGAGAUCUAUUCCGCCCGGCUUCUCAAGCUCUAAUGGAUUCCCUCCGAACCCUCCUGUCUUGUCUGGGAUGGUCCCUCGACCGCCAAUUGGCCAUGAAUUGCCCACGUAUCCCCCACAUUCUACGCCUCUCAUGAGCCAACUACGAGGAUUUGCUGCACCCAAUGGAAUCCCUGUGCCUCCCCCAGGUAUAAACGGAGCCCGUCCGAUCCCUCCUGGGCGUGGUUUUCCUCUUGACCCAGGGCACGGUCUUCCAUUCCAGUCUUCACAGCCUAUGUCAGGACCAUUCUCUACACCCCCAGGCGGUUUGGCACAUGGCCAUUCCAGACAGCCUUCCAGCUCGUUUGAGCGAUCUCCUCUCGACAGUCAUGCCCAACCGUUCCCUAUUUCCCGACCUAGCCCCAUAAAGCGUCCAUCUAGUACCCAGCAAGAACAGGACGGGAACAACCGCACUAUGCAGCGAGAUAUAGAUCAUUUGAGCGCCCAGUUAGGUAGCAGUGCUCUUCUUGACGAUACCGAUAUUCCUUUUACGUCGAAUUUGUCUCAGUCACUCCCUGGUGCGACAGGGCCGGGAUCUCUACCAGGACCGGCACGAGCCAGCUUUGCGGCGCCUUCUUUGUUCCCCGAUCCCCUUAGUGGUAAGUCUAGCUAUCUAGAGAACCGUCGUUGACGGCUCUCUAGCAGGGAUCAGCGCUAACAGUAUCGCAGCACCAAAACAUACAAAUUUCCCUCUGAAUCCUGGCGUAGGCGGCAGCACGUGGGGCGCACAGCUCCCUUUUAGUCCGACUGCUUUCCCCGGUGCUCCAACAUGGGGAUCUGUUCCCGGGGGUGGUUGGUCAAACAAUGC